UUUGCUUGGCGCCGCGACCUCAUGUGAGACACCUCCUGCGCGAGGCAGUCCGACGUUACCUCUGCAGAGAAAAACGCCAUGGACCCUUGAAUUUGUUGUUAUCGUCCUUGUUUGAGCUCACAAACAUAGUCGAAACAAAGCGAAGCGGUUUUAUUAGCUGUUUAUUUGAAGCAUAACCGAACGGUGCGACGAUGUGGAUCCAGGUUCGGACCAUAGACGGGAAGGAGACGCGAACCGUGGAGGAUCUUUCCAGACUGACCAAAAUUGAGUCUUUACGAUUGAAAAUACAAGAAAUUUUCCAUGUUACCCCGCAGCAGCAGCGCCUCUUCUACCGAGGAAAGCAGAUGGAGGACGGUCAGACACUGUUCGACUACAACGUGGGUCUCAACGACAUUGUUCAGCUGCUGAUCCGCUCUCAGACCGACCCUCCAGACAGCCCUGCAGCCCAAGACACCUCUGGUGUCGCCAGCAGUUCAGCCCUUCUCUCUGACCCCAAGUCUGAAAGCUGCAACUCCUCGGCUCCUAUCUGCCAGGCGGCUGCAGAAACUUCAACCAAAAAGAACAAUGAGAGCAGCAGCAUCACUUCCAGCACUGUAAAUGAAACCAAACCAGACACCUGUGCUACCAGUGACUCAGCCAGCACCAAAAAUGGGUUCAAGUCCUCCAGUCCAGCACCGGACACCCAGCCACCUACAUCCAGCAGAACCACACUAAUUAAUCCUGGAAUCGGCAUGUACAAGAUUAAUGAGCUGGUGGACUGCAGAGACGUCAGCAUCGGUGCCUGGUUUGAGGCUUGCAUUGAAAAUGUGACCCUCGCUCCCAAAGGACAGAUUGUUCCCACUAAGCCUAGGGUUGGUCGGCCCCCCAAAAGGACUAAUGGAAAGCUGGAGGCCGAGCAGGGUCAGGGUCAGACCAUGGACAGUAACAGGAAUAAUUCUGGGUUAAACUUGGAGAGUAAUGGAGCCUCCACUUCUCAGACGGACUCUACAGCUGCAGAGAUCAAAAACAAAGACGAAGACAUAAUUUACCAUAUUAAAUAUGAUGACUAUCCAGAGAACGGUGUGGUUGAGAUGAAAUUGGUAGAUGUAAGACCACGUGCCAGGACCGUGCUGCGAUGGGACCAGCUCCAGGUGGGUAUGCGUGUGAUGGUUAACUACAACAUGGAGACACCAGAUGAGAGGGGCUUCUGGUACGAUGCAGAGAUUGUGACCCUAAAUCAAACUUCUCGCACCAACAAGGAGCUCCGAGUCAAUAUCCUGCUAGGGGGUCCUGGAGAUGUAAUCGGAGAUUGUAAAGUUCAAUUUUUAGAUGAAAUCUAUCAGAUGGAGACAGCAGGGGCUCAUCCGCUCUCGAGUGCUGAUGGACAGUUUAAACGGAAGAGUGGGCCAGAGUGCAAACACUGCAAGGCCGACCCAGACUCGGAGUGUCGAUUCUGCUCCUGCUGUGUGUGCGGCGGGAAGCAGGACGCUCACAUGCAGCUGCUGUGUGAUGAGUGCAACAUGGCAUUCCACAUCUACUGCCUCAACCCGCCGCUGGCCACCAUCCCAGAUGACGAGGACUGGUACUGUCCGACCUGUAAAAAUGACACCAGUGAAGUUGUGAAGGCUGGCGAGAAGCUCAAAGCCAGCAAGAAGAAAGCCAAAAUGCCUUCAGCUACAACGGAGAGUCAAAGGGACUGGGGAAAGGGUAUGGCUUGUGUGGGACGCACUAAAGAGUGCACGAUUGUUCCCUCAAACCACUAUGGACCUGUUCCUGGCGUUCCUGUUGGAACUACCUGGAAAUUCAGAGUACAGGUGAGCGAGGCAGGUGUCCACAGGCCACACGUCGGCGGCAUCCACGGCCGCAGCAACGAUGGCUCCUAUUCGCUGGUGCUGGCUGGCGGCUUCGAGGACGAAGUGGACCGGGGAGAUGAGUUCACCUACACAGGCAGCGGGGGUCGUGACCUCUCGGGAAACAAACGGAUCGGAGAGCACUGCUUUGACCAAACGCUGACUCACAUGAACAGAGCUUUGGCCCUAAACUGUGAUGCACCUCUGAAUGACAAAGACGGAGCAGAGUCCAGAAACUGGCGAGCAGGAAAACCAGUCAGAGUGGUGCGCAGCUCUAAAGGUAGACGUAUUAGCAAAUAUGCACCAGAGGAGGGAAACCGCUAUGAUGGCAUUUAUAAGGUGGUCAAAUACUGGCCAGAGAUUGGGAAGUGUGGUUAUUUAGUGUGGAGGUACCUGCUGAGACGGGAUGAUCUGGAACCGGCACCGUGGACCCCUGAAGGUCUGGAGAGGAUAAAGAAACUGGGCCUUUCUGUUCAGUACCCGCCUGGCUAUUUGGCUGCUAUGUCCAACAAAUCAAAGAAGGAGCCGUGCGCUAGACCUGGCUAUGGCGGUCGCAAUAAGCAUUAUCCCGGAAGGGGAAGGUCCCGGAGACGCAAGGCCAAAGUGAAAGAGGAGAAUGAAGUGGAUGGAGAGGAGGAAGACGAGGAGGUGGAGGAGGAUGGGGAGGAUGAGCUUCUACACACCAAGAUGCCAGAGGAUGUACUUCAACGUAAUGGAGAGCAGAAGACAGCUGCAGAUAAUGAAGUGCCACCAGCGACGGAGCCUCCAUCCAAACGCGUGAAGAUAGAGGAGACGUUCCAGCUGUCGGAGCAGCAGCAGCAGCUGAUUCAAGAUGACACAGCCAACAAGAAGCUGUGGGAUGAAGCCAUGGAGAACCUUAAAGAGGGGCCGAAUUUCCUGCAGAAGAUGGAGCAGAUCUUCAUGUGUGUGUGCUGCCAAGAGCUGGUCUUUCAGCCCAUCACCACUGUCUGCUCGCACAAUGUCUGCAAGACUUGUCUCCAGCGCUCGUUCCGUGCACAGGUGUACACCUGCCCCGCCUGCCGCCACGACUUGGGCAAAGACUAUGUCAUGAACCAAAACAAGACGCUCCAGAUUCUACUCGACCAGUUCUUUCCUGGCUACAGCAAGGGACGAUGAGGUCCAAGUGGCAGUUAUUCCUAGGGUCCACGCACACAAGCGUCCGUUCUGUGCACCCUCGUAUAUGGUCAAGUACCUUAGAGCUCCACCUUAAAACACAUUGCACUCACAUGUACUCACCCAUGAGUAGUUGUAAAUCGCAUAUACAGCCAUUAAUGUAUACAAUCAAUCACACACAAACCACCUCAGUAGGGACUGACCUCAUCUGCUGGAACUUGGACCGUCUCCAUCAACAUCACUUGCCUGAAAUUCCAAUUAACGACUUUUCCUCCCCCUCUGACCUGUUCCAGCCGCCCAAGUGGGCACAAAAGAAACGCACAAAUAAAAGAAUCACCAACUCAUAUUGUCACCAAUCAUCUCAAAGCAAUUGCUCGUUGUUUUAGUUCUGCAUUAACCAGAUUACUUUUGUUACUUUCAAAUGUUUUUUUCCCCCCAUAAAACACCUGCCAACCUGCUUGCAUUUAGUGUACCAUGUAUAUGCAGAUGAUCUGAGUGUUAGUUGCUCAUCAAGUUAGAGAUUCAAAUGUGGGAAGUUGAGAGCUAAACAAGGCCAGUCAGGAGCAUUCGUCUGCAACCUGUUAGGUGCUCUUGUCACUUGGAAUAUUGCCAUUUCUUUGCCUUGAGCUAACGGGAAAAAACAAAAGCCUAACCUGGGGUCAAUUUCUGUUUAUUGGCAGCUGAGUCUAGUUUGUUUGCAGCAAUGCAAAUCUCAGAAGUACUUAAAUGAACAUUUAAGAAGGCAUAAGAAGAGAAUUUUGUGACGAUUUCUGGUUCUGCGUUAUGGCUGUCCAUCUUUUGGACGAUAGGAGCGUGUGUUCUCGCGUUAGAAGAAUUUCUCAGACGAAAUGAAAAAGGUCAGGAUUCACCUGCAAUGUGCAUCGGGUGAGCUGCCUGUGUGUCUUUCCUAUGACAUUUCAAAAGGCAGAGUGUGGUUGUCCCUGGUGUUUCCAAGCAACCACCAUGCAUGGACGGUUAGCUAAUAAAGUGCUCCGCAAACCUUCAUCUGCUCUUGUUCUACUUGUAAAUGUUCACUGGUGAGCUUGAUGUCUGUCUUCAUGCUAGGAAAGCAAAUCCACUGAUCGUUUUGAAUCCUGAGAAUGGAGAUGAAUGGGUCUUUCUCAGCUAUCAAACAUUUGAUAAUGGAUGCGUUAUAGAGCCUAAAUGACGUCUACAUAGAUAUAAAGCCCAAUGUUGACACAAACAGAAGUAAAAACUGCUCCUGAUGUUCCUGAAAAAAAUCUUUUUAGCAGUUCUGGAUUUUCAGUAUUUUUUAAUAUCCGUGUAAGACACACUAGCAUAAACAGACCAAAGGCACAAGAGGGGCAGCUGGAAGGCAAAUCCAGUGUUUACAUCCUGAUAACGUCUUUGACUAGAUCCCCCAAAAUAAAACUGUAAAUGGGCAAAAAAAACCCGACUCCGCUAAGAUUUAUUGUAGCUCCCUAAAAGCAUGAUAUGGUUUAUUCAUGUUACCAUGUGCAUGCUAACAUUAUGUCCACUUUCCUGGUGUAUUUCUACAGAUAUUUUAUAACUAAGAAUGAAAAAAUCUGGGAUGAAAUAGUGCUCGGUUUCCUGUUGCUUUAUAGAAGAAAUACACGUUUUGCUUGUAGUAAAGUCUAAGCGAGCAAAAGAAAGUAAUCUCAAAAAGAAUAUUUUUAUAAGCAUUGCAAAAAUCAUAAUUGUUGAUUGUUUCUGACUAGUUUCACGAGAGAAGCGGCGUUGUUUAUUUAUGUUCUAGAAGAGCAAAACUGUAAAAAGUAAGGAUUUAGAGCUUGUUUAUUUGAAAAAGGCUGUUUUCUUUUAUAUUCUCUGUAGUUUUUGUCCAGGUGCCUUUGGUGUCCCUGGCUCAAGAUUAAAACUUGUAUUGGAUGCAGCAAACCAUAAAGCCACAAAUUCAGUUCAAACAGACAAGAAGACUUCUCUUAAAACCAACGUGUUUUUGGUUAAAAAUGAGAAUAUUUUGUUUAUCUUUUUAGUAAAUUUUCUGGGCUGUUGUGGAAAUUAGACAGGUAAAAGCAUUUGUAAAGAAACACGUCACUUAUGAUCUAACCUACAUAAAAUUCUCUUUUUAUGCUUUUUAUUUGUUUAAAUGAGCUGUUUUAUGGUUUUAAAAUGCAAUUCUUUUGCUUUCGGAUUGAACACCUUUAACACCAGACAGUACUAAUGUUAUGGUUAUGUCAGUUGCCCAUAGCUGUCCUGGUUUUUCAAGUAUUUCAAAGAAUAAAAAACAAAUGUGUAUACAUUUGUUUUUUAUUCUUUGAAUAGAAUUGGCGUGUGAGUGACUGGGCCAGACUUCUACGCACUGUUGUGGUACUGUAAAAUGUUCUGGGUUGGCAGGUCUGAUCCUUUGGAGAGCAGAGGCUGAUGUGGACGGAGGUCGCCUUCAGCGCUGCAGUUCAGAAAGUCGCUCUUGUAAAAAACAGAAAUACGUACGUUUAUCAGCCUUUGAAGCAGUCCGGUUUGAGUCCAGUGAACUCAUCAGCUUCUUCUGUUUCUGUUGACAUUCAGACCCCCCUCCAUUAAUUUCCAGGCUGUUUGUGGUGAUGUCCUUGUUUCCGUUCAUUCAGGAUUUUUGUUUGUUUUGUUUUUAAUCAACAACAUGCAAGUAUCAAUGCUACUAUGGUGUUUAAAGCUAACUGUGAUGUGCAUUAUUUCCACUGUUUUUUCUUGUUGGUGUUAUUUUUGUCCUGCAUAGACUGAUGAGCUGAGUCCUCUUUACUUCCUCUCUCUGUCGUGACCUUUGCUCCUCUUUCCUCCCUCUUCUGCUCUCCGUGAACCUACAGUACUAACUACUUUUAGACCUAUUGUGGGCGCUUGGCUUCAGUGCUGUGUUGUUUUACCUUUUCUGCACUCUACUGAAAAAUACAUUAGAUCUGGUUUAGUUUCCUAGAAUGUGUUCUAUUAUCUUUCGGCGCACCUCUUUUUAUGCCUGUUUAGUUGCUAAACUUGUUUUCAUCAUUAUUAGUCAUUUUUACCUUGUCAGCCUCAAACACCUGCAGCAGUCUGAGAAGUUUCAUUGCUUCAUAUUGUGAUUUGAAAUUUUAUACAUGUCGUAAUAAUACUUAAUAUGUACCAAUUAAAUAUUUGGAUUCAGUA